AUGGGAACAGAAGUUUUACCGCCACAACAUCUUCUCGCCGGCAGAUUACGCGAGCCUCCGGCGUCUUUCCACCGCCGGAGGAAUUUUCCGGGAAAUGAGAACCUGACCCACCUAAUCGUCAAUCGGAAGCAUAGUUACCACACGGCCCACAAAAAGAAGUCUCCCCGGCCCGACAAGAAGAGAUCCACCUCUUCGCCGGAGAACAAAAAGGUGGAGGGACGGCGGAAGGACGACUCCGGCGGCCUCGUGAUGGGGCAGGUGACGAUCCUCAGGCGGGGCGAGUCUCUCGAUUCGCUGGCGUCCAAAAUCAAGGGUGGAAAACCAAACCCUAGAUCCCCAAAUCAGAAAAAACCGGCCGACGACAUGGCGGUUCUCGGGACCGUCCGGAUCGGACCGGAGUCGCCGAACUUGCGGCCGAAGCAGAUCCGCCUGUCGCCGCCGCCGUCCUUUCACAACGUGUACGCCGGAUCGGCUUUCACCAUGUCGCCGUCCCCACGCGCCCUCCCUUUGCCGUCCUUCUUCAACAAGAAAGAGCAGAUCGACUGCGGAGAAGUAAGGCCGUCGGAUGAUCCGGCGACCCGAGACCUCAGGCGACUGCUCCGUCUCGAUUGA